GAACCGCACUGAGGGAAGGCUGAGGAGGAGGAACCGCUGGCGCUGAGGGAGGGAGACCGAGUCGGAGACGGAGUCACGGAGGAGAAUUCUUAGUUCUUUUAGUCUCAGUGUUGUUGGUGGAGGUGGAAGGUGUUGAACGUAUGUGUGUUCAUUCUCAAUUACCAUUGAGUGUUUCUUGUAAUUUCAGCUCCAUAAGAAAACUCAAGUUUUUAGCUCUACAAAACCAGCCAGUGCUUGUGUCAGCCAUAGACUGGGAGGUCACGUGACUCCGAUGAUCCAAAAAGUGCGCGGAGUUCGCGGAGUUCAGUCAGUGGACGUGAAAUAAUAAUAUUAGUAAUAUAAAAUCCCAUAAUAGACUCAAGAAACAAGAGACAAAGGCAAUGAAAGUGGAAAAAUAAGACGAUUUGAAACGCUAAAAUCACAAAAUGAAUCUCAACAGAACUUGAGUGACUCUAGAGAUCAAAGAAACCAAACUAGGCUUAAACAGAACUAGACUAAGGUAGACUUAAACCGAAGGAAAGCGGAUGCAUAUAGACAACACAGGUUAAUAAUGAGCAGCCACUAUAAGAUAUACUGCUAGGAUACUGAAUUCCUGAAGUAGGAGGAUUCCAACAUGGGAAUUUCGAGAGGCAGUGUACUCUGGGGGGCUCUGGCCGUCAGCUUCCUGAGUGCCGUUGGCGGGAGAAUCCUCUGCUAUAACGGAGGACACUGUAUCUACAACUUAUGCAUCUGUACGGGUGGAUUUUACGGCGUGCAGUGUCAGUAUGAUCGGAACGAGUGUUCGGUAAACAACGGUGGGUGCAGCCACGAAUGCAGGAACACCUUCGGAUCUUUCAUUUGUUGCUGCCCGCCUGGGUUUAAAUUGAUGCCAGACAAACUCACUUGCAAAGACGUGGAUGAAUGCGGGAAUCACAACGGUGGUUGCUCUCAUCGCUGCGUCAACACAGAGGGGUCCUACGAAUGCAGAUGUGACUCUGAACAGCGCCUUCUGCCGGACAAUAGGACGUGUAUAGGUCGAGUGCCGCACGCCAGGUCAAAGUGCCAAACCAGGAACGGAGGAUGCCAGCACAUCUGUACCGAGUCAGGUCACCGGGUCACGUGUUCGUGUAGGCCUGGUUUUCAGUUAGCCCCGGACAAGAAGAGCUGCGUAGCGGAGGAAAAAAAGAAUCCCUGCGAACUGGACAACGGCGGAUGCCACGACAGGUGUGAGGUCGUGGAAGGACGUGUCAAGUGCUCCUGCAGGAGCGGCUAUACCCUCGCCGAGGAUAAGUCUACUUGCGAGGACGUGGACGAGUGCCAGGAGAGUCCUAACGUCUGCACUCGUGAGUGCCACAACACCUGGGGUUCCUACGAGUGCCGGUGUCCCGCGGGAUACGACCUGGGAGCCGAUGGGAAGUCCUGUUCUCCCAUCUCAGAAGUGAACACCCCUGACUCUUGCUCAGGCAACAAUGGAGGAUGCCAGCACAUUUGCAAUCAAGGUCCUACAGGUCCCAUUUGCAGCUGCCAUGUUGGUUAUCGCCUCAGGGAAGAUGGCAGGUCUUGCGAGGACACAAACGAGUGCCAGGAAAGGACUCACAGGUGCCAACAAGACUGUGUCAACACCGAUUCAGGCUACGCGUGCUCUUGUAACCCUGGGUUCACUCUCAGUUCAGACGGGUUCUCUUGCACAGACAUCGACGAGUGCCGCACUGGGAUCUGUGAACACUUCUGCCAGAACGUGCAGGGGUCGUACAUUUGCUCCUGUCGACGAGGAUACGUUCUCGAGGAUACUACUAGAUGCCGUGCUGUCAGCACUGACUACUACGUCCCAGGACGUACCCGAAGUGGCGCUCGACCGUCGACCCCGAGACCGACCAUCAGUCGAGUGGAAGACGACCUUAUGGUCAUUGAGAAUGACCUGUCCGUCUUGGAAAAUGAUUUAGGCCGAAUUGGACCUGGGUGGAGGACAGAUAAAGGGAAGAAAUGGGGCUUAGAAGAGGAAGAACAGAGGAGGUACUGGGGUGAAGACAGUCACACGGGACCUAAAGUGGGUACGAGGUACGAUGUGGAAAGGAAUCUCCAGAUUGAUGAAAGAAGAAGAUGGGAGAACACUUAUGGCGGGGGAGGGAGGACAGACAGUGACAGAGGAGGGGGGAGGAGGGGGAGGGGAGGAGAGUGGGGAAGAGGGGGAGGAGGAGGAGAGGGAGGAAGCAGAAGAGGAGGAGGUACAGACGAAUACUGGACGGUUGAGGAAAACAGAAACAGGGUAAUAGAGGAGAAUGAAUAUUGGGGAGGAGGAGGGAGAGGAAGAAAACAGGGAGAAGAUAGAGUAGAAUGGCGAGGAGGAGGAGGAGGAGGAAGAACAGAUGAAGACCGAAUUAGAGGUGCAGGAGAAGAUGAAGGAAGAGGCAGGGGUGGGGAACAUGACAGAAAGGGCACAGGAAAAGGCAGAGGAGAUGAUAGGAGGGUAUCUGGUGGUGGAGAAGAGAGAGAACGAGAAAGGGACAGAGAAAGAGGGAGAGAGAGGGAGAGACCAGGCACCUAUGGCGAAACGAUUGAUGAAAUCUACACUAAAGUAAAUGAAAACGACAUUCAGUAUCCGGACCGAUUCGACACUACCUUCAAAAGAGUUGACGAAAAGACCUCCUGGAAGGAGAGAGAAGACAAGUACCCUUACCCUGGUUAUGGAGGGUAUGACGAAGAUGCAGGCUCGGGUGAUAGGACCAUCCCACCCGGAGGUGGACGCAAGAGACCAGUGAUUUCUCAAGAGGAGAAUAUUUUGGAAACCAGGGAAGAGGAGGAGAUAUACCGUGGCGUUGGCUCCACGCCAACUGUCUGGGAAGAGGAGAAUCGUUGGGAAGGAAGCGGGACUGGGGUCUUUUACCCAACGCCCACGCGACCAUCUGGAGAAGGUACCGGGAGGGACAUUAGUGGAGGCAGAGGGACUGGGGGCUUUUACCCAACGCCCACGCGACCGUCUGGGGAGGGUACCGGGAGAGACACUGGUGGAGGCAGAGGGACUGGGGCCUUUUAUCCAACACCCACGCGACCGUCUGGAGAAGGUACUGGGAGGGACACUGGUGGAGGCAGAGGAACUGGGGGCUUUUAUCCAGCGCCCACGCGACCAUCCAGAGAAGGUACCGGCAGGGAAAUAGGAGGUGGACGGAAGGUUGGUACGACAAAAACGCCUGGUAGGCCACGCGCAGGUGCAGGAGAAGAUGACCAGUGGGGAACUCAUGGAAGGCCUCCUUACCCAACACCUAGAAUCCCAGGGAGAAAGGAAGACGAUAAAGUAACGACAAGAGAAGAGGAGACCUGGAGAAUCAAGGAAGACAGGCACUGGACAAAAGAAGGGGAUAAGCGAUGGAGAUGGGACGAGGAAGAGACUACCAAGGUUCUGGAGGAGGAUCAGAAGAACCUGGUCACUACUCCAGAGCACUCUAAUGUCGGUAAAGGGCAUACCAGAUGCCCAAACGGAUACGUUGGAGAAAGUUGCACAAUUCGAUGUGAGGACUGUCUUGGUAGCUGCAGCGAUGACGGCUGUGUGUGCCCACCCGGAACGACUGGCCAGUUUUGCCAAGAAUCUUGCCCUCCAGGCUUCUACGGUGAAAACUGUAACAAGAUAUGCUUAUGCGAAAAUGGUGGGACUUGUGACGCAGCUACAGGGAAUUGUUCCUGCCCACCAGGUGUCUCUGGAGUUUACUGUGAAAAUGGCUGUCCUGCUGGAUUUUACGGCAUCACCUGCCGCAAGAAAUGCCCGUUCAAGUGUCCUUCGAUGCGUUGCAACAGACACUUCGGGUUCUGCGAGUGCAACGCCGGUCGAUACGGCCAGCUGUGCAACUUGCCAUGCCCUGACAUGACCUGGGGCAUGAACUGUCGUCACCAGUGCCACUGCGAGCAGAAAACGACAGUGCGGUGCAUCCCUGAGAACGGAACUUGCGAAUGCGUUCCCGGAUACCACGGCGGCGACUGCUCCGCGGAAUGCCCGAGGGGCACUUGGGGGUACGGCUGCAAGGAGACGUGCAACUGCGAGGAGGGAGCGACGUGCCACUCGACCAAUGGCACGUGCAAGCACGACUGCCCUCCUGGUUUCACGGGACCUGACUGUAGCGCUGCCUGUGAGACAGGAACUUACGGCAUAGGCUGCAAGGAAAAGUGUCGCUGUGGCCUGCAGCCCUGUGACCCAGUGACCGGUUCAUGCCACUGCCCACCAGGCACUCAUGGACCGAACUGUGUUGACCGUUGCGAGGAAGGUUCUUGGGGUGAGAGCUGUCGAGAAAAGUGCCAGUGUCCAGGGAACGCUACUUGUGACAGGAUCACGGGCAAGUGCCGCUGUCCCUCAGGGUACAUGGGUCCAGAGUGCCAAAAGGGGUGUGGCCCGGGUAGAUGGGGUACGGACUGUCGGCGCCUUUGUAGAUGCCUAAAUGGAGCUUCUUGCAACGCGAUAAGCGGGAGGUGCGAGUGCAAAGCAGGUUACACGGGGGAGCACUGUGGGCAGCUGUGCCCACCAGGUAGACAUGGCCCCGAUUGCGUCAACGUCUGCGACUGCCCAGACGGAGGUCACUGCCACAGGGUCACUGGGAAGUGCCAAUGCCCACCGGGGCUGGGCGGACCCAACUGUAACGAGCCUUGCCCAGAGGGGACUUACGGUCCAGGAUGCAUUAUGAAAUGCAGUUGUGCUAACGCUGCCAAUUGCGAUGCCACGUCGGGUGCAUGCGUGUGUCAGCCAGGCUGGCAUGGAACGCUUUGUGACCGCCCCUGUCCCGCCGGGUUUUGGGGGAAGGACUGCAUCCGACGGUGUGACUGUGACGAAGGGGCUGUGUGCAACCCCAUCACUGGGGAUUGCAUCUGCAAACCAGGCAAAGAUAAGAAAUAUUGUUCGAGAGUCUGUCCGCCUGACCGCUGGGGGAUCAAUUGCGAAAACACUUGUCUCUGCCUCAAUUCGGGCACCUGCAACAGAGAGACCGGUGCAUGCGAGUGCGCGCCUGGCUACACGGGUCCCAGAUGCCAUGACAGGUGUCCGUCGGGAACCUACGGUGCUAACUGCUUGUAUAACUGCAUGUGCCUGAACGGCGGGACCUGCCAGCACGAGACGGGGGCGUGCGUCUGCCCGUCUGGUUUCAAGGGCGUCUUCUGCGAAGAAGGUUGUGGUGACGGAAAAUUCGGACCGAGUUGUAUUUUGGACUGUAAAUGCGAGAAUGGUGGCCGGUGCGACGCGGUGACCGGAUCCUGCGAUUGUGCCCCUGGGUGGGAAGGAGAGAACUGCGAGGAGCCCUGCCCUCGGGGCUUCUGGGGUCAAGAGUGCAAAGAGGUCUGUAGGUGCGUCAACGGAGGAACCUGCGACGCAAUGACGGGAGAGUGCCAGUGCCCAGAUGGUUUCACAGGAGAGCAGUGCCAAUACAUAUGCCCUCGAGGAUACUAUGGCCAAGAUUGCAGUGAGUACUGUAGGUGUGAGAAUGGUCAGCCCUGUGACCACAUUACUGGUGCUUGUUCGUGCCCACCAGGCCGUCGGGGGCACCAGUGCCACUUGUACUGCGAGGAAGGUUUCUGGGGCAAAGAUUGCAGAAUGAGAUGUGAGUGCGAAGGAACCUCUGUUUGUGACCCGGAAACAGGUGAUUGCAUCUGCCCUCCUGGGUUCCGGGGGCGUAAGUGCAGAAGGCAGUGCCAGCCUGGGUAUUACGGAGUCAACUGUAAAAAGAAGUGCCAGUGUUCCAAUAACGAAAAAUGUGACCCAGUGACUGGCCAGUGCCACUGUGAGCCAGGGACUUAUGGGCCAACUUGUUCUCUCACCUGUCCCAGUGGUACCUUUGAUGAGCAUUGUAACCAGACAUGCGAGUGUCUCCACGGCGGCGUCUGCAGCAGAUCAGGAGAGUGCAACUGUCCCGCAGGAUAUACAGGACCCAAGUGCGAGAACCCUUGUUCGCCCAACACGUGGGGACUGCGCUGUGCAAAUAGGUGCGAGUGCAAGAACGACGCCAUUUGCCACCCAGCAAAUGGCGUAUGCCAGUGUGGACUUGGAUGGACCGGCCCAAACUGUGACGAGCCCUGCGAAGCGAACCGUUAUGGUCCGGACUGCAAAUAUGACUGCGACUGUCACCUGAACGGGACCUGUGACCGGUUCACCGGUUGUUGCGAGUGUGGACCAGGCCGUUACGGAAGAUACUGCGAAUUCGCUUGUCCUCCUGGGUUUUAUGGAAACUACUGCAGCAGCAUCUGCCAGUGUGAAAAUGAGGCGACUUGCGAUGCCCACACUGGUGAAUGCCAAUGUGCCCCAGGUUUUACUGGCGAGGACUGUUCCAUUAGCUGCCCACCUGGAACCUAUGGGAAGGAUUGCCAAGAGGAGUGCGAAUGCGACCCUUACCCCUGUCGCAGGGACACUGGGGAGUGCCUGUGCCCUGCUGGUUUCACAGGACCAAAUUGCGCCACUGCGUGUAGCCAAGGGAGGUAUGGUCCUGACUGCAAAGAAAUCUGUCGGUGCCACAAUGGAGGAAGCUGUAACCCAGCCAAUGGGCAUUGUACUUGUGGCCCUGGAUGGCUGGGGCCCACGUGUCAGGAGAAAGAUGCUUUCACGACGCAUCCUGACCACAGGGACAGGGCUGACAUCCCCGUGGAGGAGAGCUGAGCGCAGCAAUAUUGCAAGUUGCACAAGAACGAUUCAAUACGCACAAUGAAGCACAAUGUGGUCUGCAUUCGCCAUCUUGACGAGAUCUGUAUGUGGAAGGAUAAAAAA